AUGCCUAAUUACAGGGUUUUGCUGGUGGUCGGGGCCAGCGGGAAGCAGAAAACGGCCAGGAAGAGGGAGCGGGCAGUUGAGAAGGUGGCCCACAAUCCUUACGCCCCCUCUACUCGGCAUCGCUUGGUGGGAGGGCAGGACCCACGCCAGGACCCGUCCCCCCACCUCCGCCCGUCCCCACCCAGCCCCGCCAGAGUGUGCACGGCCCAGGGCUUGGCACCUUGGAGCAGCAGACGGAGCGAGAGGGCACCGGCGGGGAGGAGCUUGUCAGCGACAGGGACGCUCACCAACUUCCAUCGGCACCUGCACUCCGACCCCGGCCUCUUCCCCGUCACCUUCGGAGCCUCCCCUCAGACGCUGGGGUGGAGAGGGGUCAGCUGGAGGUGCGCGUGGGCGUCCACGGCGACACGUGGAUCGUGCACUCGGAAUUGCUCUCUACGCUCAGACACCGGCCUCGGGCCGAGUCUUCCCUCGGACCGGUGUCACCCACGGCUCCACGGGUCUGGACCCACUCUGGGCGGGUCCUUGGCCAGAGAACCCGACCCGCAGGACACGUUUGGAAAGGCUCUCGCGGCGUGCACCUGCCGUGAACUGCGUUCCGGUGCUCUCGGGACCCGUUAUCGGCCUCCGAACCGGCGUCCCCAGGCCCGCGUGACCCUCGUGUCAGUGUCGCCUGUGGAACUGCGUACGAGCCGGGCUGGUGCAAACUGGGUUCUCCGGCCGCCUGGGUCCGCGUUCACCUGGCGGACCUGGCUCACUUCCACCCACCUUUACUGCUCACCCACUGGUUUAGAUUCGCGUGGGCUGGAGACACAAAGACGGAUGGAGCUGGUCCGGCACAGAAAAGUCUGGUACCGCCUAGCUGGACGCGUGCACGCAUCCCCUGCCCGUGUGUUCCAAAGCGGGGUGGCGGGGGACGUCGGCAGGCUGCAGGCCGGGGGCUGUGAGCACAGAGGUGUGGGGAGGGCCCAGGCUGGGUCUGGGUUCUCAGAAGGGAGGGGCGAGAGUGAGUGUCUGGGUCCGCCGGCCCCCCGGUAG